CUCUUCUAUCUCAUAACUCAUUCUCUCUUCUCUUGUGCUAUAUAUAUACUCACACAAACCUUCACUCUCGCAUUCUAAGUUAGUAAACACUAAUAACAAAACAUCUUCAUAGUCACUUUCCUCAUAAGUUGUUUUGUCUUUGUGAUCAAGUUUCAAUUCUAUUUAUUGAUUCAUGGCUGAAGAAGAUUCAAGAAACAUUGAUCUCACUCUCGGAGAACCCAAAGAGGAACCCGAAACCGAAGAUGGGUCGGCGAUAAAGGCCAUACCGAAGGCUAUUCCGGUGCAGGCGGGGUUACCUAUGUCCAUGCACGUGAACAAGACGUUAUUCCAAGCUCAAACUCAGGCUCAAUACCAAACCCAGGCCCAGGCUCAAGCCCAAGCCCAACUACCUGUUCAAAAAAGAGCCUCCACUAAAGACCGUCACACCAAAGUAGAAGGUCGUGGCCGGAGGAUUCGAAUGCCUGCCACGUGUGCGGCUAGGAUCUUCCAACUCACCAGAGAACUCGGACAUAAAUCAGACGGCGAAACAAUCCGGUGGCUUCUCGAGCACGCUGAGCCCGCCAUCAUUGCCGCCACCGGAACCGGCACCGUCCCCGCCAUAGCCAUGUCCGUCAACGGAACUCUCAAAAUCCCAACCACUUCCCCCAACAAAAACUCCGACCAGGAACAACAACAACAACAAUCCGAUGAUUCACCAGAAAAAAAGAAACGUAAACGACCAGCGAACAGUGCUUACGUGGACAUAAACGAGAGCGCCGUUUCAGUUUCCGCAGGUUUAAUAACAACCUCCAACGUAAACACAAACAUGAACAUGAACAAUAACACCGCGAUAAUUUCGCAACAAACUGCAAUUCCGUUACCGCAAAACAUGGUCCCGGUGUGGGCCAUACCAUCAAACGCCGUCGUUCCAACCGGAAACGCGUUCUUUGUGGUCCCAGCAAAUCAGCCUCAGUUUUUCACCUUAGCUAGACCAAUCUCCGGUUUCGUUUCUUCCAUGGUAACACCCGUAGUCCAACUCCAACAAGCCUCCACUUUAUCCAUCCCAUGUUCAACUUCCCCGUCAUCAAAAUCCCCGGCGAGAUCCACCGUCAUAGCACCGAGCACCGCCGCAACAACCACCCCUCAAACGCUGAGAGACUUUUCAUUGGAGAUAUUCGAUAGACAAGAGCUUCAGUUAUUGUCGCGUUCUUCUUCCAAGCAUUGAGAACACGAAAAAGCGAAGAGAGCUACAAGUACGACGUCGUUUGAGAUAGGAGAAGACCACGUGCGCACGUGAGUGGAUAAAAAAGAGUGGGGACCACGUGCGUUAACACGAAGAGUGGGGGAGGGUGGGACCCACUAUGGUGGUGCUGGCUCCGUGAACCGUGCAGUGGGGUAGUACUAGUACUGUUAUUAUUCCAAUCUUCGUUUACUUUUUAGAAAUAUAUAACAAGAAAAUUAAUUAAAAAUUUAUAAUAUGAAUAACUGUUAUUCAUGAAGCUUUUUUAUUCUUGAUUUUAAGUUUUAGUAUCCAAUUUAUAUACUAUGAAAUAUGAAUGUACUUGAAAUCAAUUACGAAA